ACAUUGUGACUCCUCCCCCUUUUCCUCCAGAUCCCCAUCGCCACCAGUGGGAUCCGAGCGAUGGGCUUCCUGAUGAGGCAUAACCUGAGGACGGAGGGGGGGGGCGCCGUUAACCAGCGCAUCGUUACACAGCUCGUCAAGAGUCUCCAGAACCAGUCCAGUGACAUCCGGCUGGUGUCAGAGAGGGUUCUGUGGUGGGUGUUUAGAGAGGAGGAGACCCCCUCCAUGGAGGCCAGCCUCAUCAAGCCGCUGCUGAAGAGCCUGCUGGAUAACACCAAGGACAAGAACACCAGCGUGAGAGCGCAGAGCGAGUACACCAUCGUGAACCUGCUGAGGCUCAGGCAGGGGGACACCACCAUGCAGGUCAGGAUGCUCACU